GCAACAGAGCCAGAAUGGAAGCCAAGUCGAUAUAUGAUUUUUCUGUUGAGACGUUGGAAGGAGAGAACGUUCCACUGAGCGUUUACAGGGGAAAGGUGCUGCUCAUUGUCAAUGUUGCCACCUUCUGAGGGUCAACGAUUGAGGAGUAUCACAGAAUGAAUGCACUAAUGGAAAUGUUUGGAGACCUGAAUUUUACCGUAUUAGGAUUCCCCUGCAAUCAGUUUGGUCUUCAGUCACCUGAGGUGAAUGAGGAAAUGCUUAAUAUACUUAAGUAUGUGAGACCUGGUGGUGGGUUUAUCCCAAAGUUUCCUGUAUUUGCCAAGGUCGAGGUAAAUGGAUUAAACGAAGAACCUCUUUUCACAUAUCUAAAGGAAUCUUUGCCAUUUGUGAAUCCUCUAAUUGGAGACAUAAAGAAGUUCUACUGGUCCCCAAUAAGUGUCAAUGACAUUAGAUGGAAUUUUGAGAAGUUUCUUUUUAAGGCAGAUGGGACCCCUUUCAAAAGGUAUGAACUUCAUUACCCCGUCGAAAUGGUGGAGAAAGACAUAGCAGACCUUCUGUGAUGGACAUAAGGGAAACCACUUCGUUGUGGUAGGGUGACGAUCACUCAGUAAAUGCUCAUGUGCAGCUGAGCUGAAUCUGACUGGAAGAGGAUCAUGUAUCAGAGCUUCAGUGCAUUCUCUCUGAGAACAGAUUCCCCUUCAACCACUCGAGGAGUUUCCAUAUUACUGCUGUUUUUUUUUUCUGAAAAUGGAACUG